CGCGUGAGCCCAGUGCGCAGGUCACUUUUUUCCUUGCCCGUUUUCAUAAUAAACCCGAGACAAAAAUUUUGUGUACCCAUUAAAAAAAAAACUAAGUCGUAUUCGACACAACAAACAAAUCGGGCGUAAUAUUUCGGACUAUCGAACUAACCAGUCACAUUGUUUGUCUUAUGGCACCGAUCGAAGAUAACGACAGCGGAAUGGAAUCGCAAGAAGGAUCGCAGGUCUUGGAGGAGGAGCAGGAGGACACCACGCUGAGCAAGGACGAUCCGAAGCCGCGACGUCGCGAGAUCGAGGACUCCGAGGAGGACGAGCCCGACGAGACAUUGGCCGAACGUCUGUGGGGCCUCACUGAGAUGUUUCCGGAGUCGGUGCGGAACGCCACCGCGUGUCUGGCGACGACCACCAAAAGUGGCGUCAAGUCGGCGUACAGCUUCUCCAGGAGUGCAUUUUGGGUAGUGUUUAGCUCAUCGAUAAUCUUGUUUGCACCUGUGAUAUUCGAAGUGGAGAGGGCGCAGAUGGAAGAGAUGCAACGCUCACAACAGAAACAAAUGCUCCUUGGUCCGAAUUCAGCUAUAUCGGGUGGCGUGCCUCCACCGUUGAUGCCUCCACCCCAACGAUAGACACCCAAAUUCAAGUGUUGAAUGAACUAUAUAGACUACCUUUUUCACUGGUAUACACUUUGAUUGUAAACGAUUAAUUGUAAUUACAUUACUAAAUUACAAUCAUUUGUAUUAAAUUAUGCAUUUUUCAUGCCUAUUUUAUGUUGAAUUGUUUAGAAUAAAUUAGUUGGAACUA